AGUGCAGACAGGCUUGGCUUUGAACAGCAUCCAGCUCCACGAUUCUAUCAGCUAAAUUAUUUUUUUUUUGUACUUUAAGAAAUAGGGAUAGUCAUAGUGUUUACUGUACGCAGUUGUUCUGAGGAGAAAUUAGGAAAAGGUAUGCAGUUACACAGUGCCACGUACAACUCUAAAUUCCAAUUAAUAAACGUAGGACAAACGAGGGAAGUAGAAAAACGCACAAUAAAUGUUAACUAUUAGCUUUACUGCAGUUUCUUCUUGGUAGUUAUCAUUUCAUGCCUGCCUACAUAUGGGCUACAAGGGGACCAGUGAUAGUUUUUAUGUGCUCAGCAAGAUUUUUUUUUUCUUUCUUUCUCUUCCUAGUGAGGAAAAAGAUAGUGGCAGUUGGCAUGCUGCCAGCUGAGUUUUUUUGCUGCUUUGAGUUUCAGGUUUCUUUCUUUCUCUUCCUAGUGAGGAAAAAGAAAGUUAGUGGCAGUUGGCAUGCUGCCAGCUGAGUUUUUUUGCUGCUUUGAGUUUCAGUUUUCUUUCUUUCCUAGAGUCUCUGAAGCCACAGAUCUCUUAAGAACUUUCUGUCUCCAAACCGUGGCUGCUCGAUAAAUCAGACAGAACAGUUAAUCCUCAAUUUAAGCCUGAUCUAACCCUUAGAAACAGAUAUAGAACAAUGGAAGUGACAACAAGAUUGACAUGGAAUGAUGAAAAUCAUCUGCGCAAGCUGCUUGGAAAUGCUUCUUUGAGUCUUCUCUAUAAGUCUAGUGUUCAUGGAGGUAGCAUUGAAGAUAUGGUUGAAAGAUGCAGCCGUCAGGGAUGUACUAUAACAAUGGCUUACAUUGAUUACAAUAUGAUUGUAGCCUUUAUGCUUGGAAAUUAUAUUAAUUUACGUGAAAGUUCUACAGAGCCAAAUGAUUCCCUAUGGUUUUCACUUCAAAAGAAAAAUGACGCCACUGAAAUAGAAACUUUACUCUUAAAUACAGCACCAAAAAUUAUUGAUGAGCAACUGGUGUGUCGUUUAUCGAAAACGGAUAUUUUCAUUAUAUGUCGAGAUAAUAAAAUUUAUCUAGAUAAAAUGAUAACAAGAAACUUGAAACUAAAGUUUUAUGGCCACCGUCAGUAUUUGGAAUGUGAAGUUUUUCGAGUUGAAGGAAUUAAGGAUAACCUAGACAACAUAAACAGGAUAAUUAAAGCCAGAGAGCACAGAAAUAGGCUUCUAGCAGACAUCAGAGACUACAAGCCCUAUGCAGACUUGGUUUCAGAAAUUCGUAUUCUUUUGGUGGGUCCAAUUGGGUCUGGAAAGUCCAGUUUUUUCAAUUCAGUCAAGUCUAUUUUUCAUGGCCAUAUGACUGGCCAAGCCGUAGUGGGGUCUGAUAUCACCAGCAUAACCGAGCGGUAUAGGAUAUAUUCUGUUAAAGAUGGAAAAAAUGGAAAAUCUCUGCCAUUUAUGUUGUGUGACACUAUGGGGCUAGAUGGGGCAGAAGGAGCAGGACUGUGCAUGGCUGACAUUCCCCACAUCUUAAAAGGUUGUAUGCCAGACAGAUAUCAGUUUAAUUCCCGUAAACCAAUUACACCUGAGCAUUCUACUUUUAUCACCUCUCCAUCUCUGAAGGACAGGAUUCACUGUGUGGCUUAUGUCUUAGACAUCAACUCUAUUGACAAUCUCUCCUCUAAAAUGUUGGCAAAAGUCAAGCAAGUUCACAAAGAAGUAUUAAACUGUGGUAUAGCAUAUGUGGCCUUGCUUACUAAAGUGAAUGAUUGCAGUGAGGUUCUUCAAGACAACUUUUUAAACAUGAGUAGAUCUAUGACUUCUCAAAGCCAGGUCAUGAAUGUCCAUAAAAUGCUAGGCAUUCCUAUUUCCAAUAUUUUGAUGGUUGGAAAUUAUGCUUCAGAUUUCGAACUGGACCCCAUGAAGGAUAUUCUGAUCCUCUCUGCACUGAGGCAGAUGCUGCGGGCUGCAGAUGAUUUUUUAGAAGAUUUGCCUCUUGAGGAAACUGGUGCAAUUGAGGGAGCGUUACAGCCCUGCAUUUGAGAUAAGUUGCCUUGAUUCUGACAUUUGGCCCAGCCUGUACUGGUGUGCCGCAAUGAGAGUCAAUCUCUAUUGACAGCCUGCUUCAGAUUUUGCUUUUGUUCAUUUUGCCUUCUGUCCUUGGAACAGUCAUAUCUCAAGUUCAAAGGCCAAACCUGAGAAGCGGUGGGCUAAGAUAGGUCCUACUGCAAACCACCCCUCCAUUAUUUCUGUACCAUUUACAAUUCAGUUUCUGUGACAUCUUUUUAAACCACUCGAGGAAAAAUGAGAUAUUCUCUAAUUUAUUCUUCUAUAACACUCUAUAUAGAGCUAUGUGAGUACUAAUCACAUUGAAUAAUAGUUAUAAAAUUAUUGUAUAGACAUCUGCUUUCUUAAACAGAUUGUGAGUUCUUUGAGAAACAGCGUGGAUUUUACUUAUCUAUGUAUUCACAGAGCUUAGCACAGUGCCUGGUAACGAGCAAGCAUACUUGACAUUACUUUUCCUUCCCACUCUCUCCAACAUCACAUUCACUUUAAAUUUUUCUGUAUAUAGAAAGGAAAACUAGCCUGGGCAACAUGAUGAAACCCCAUCUCCACUGCAAAAAAAAAAAAAAAAAAAAAAGGAAAGAACAAAACAAACCCCACAAAAAUUAGCUGGGUAUGAUGGCACGUGCCUGUAGUCCCAGUUACUCAGGAUGAUUGAUUGAGCCUUGGAGGUGGAGGCUACGGUGAGCUGAGAUUGUGCCACUGCGCUCUAGCCAGGGAGAAAGAGUGAGAUCCUGGCUCAAAAAAACAAAAUAGAACAAAACAAACAAACGAAAAACAGAAAGGAAGACUGAAAGAGAAUGAAAAGCUGGGGAGAGGAAAUAAAAAUAAAGAAGGAAGAGUGUUUCAUUUAUAUCUGAAUGAAAAUAUGAAUGACUCUAAGUAAUUGAAUUAAUUAAAAUGAGCCAAAUUUUUUUUAACAAUUUAUAUUUUAUUUCUAUGGGAAAAAAUAAAUAUUCCUCUUCUAACAAACCCAUGCUUGAUUUUCAUUAAUUGAAUUCCAAAUCAUCCUAGCCAUGUGUCCUUCCAUUUAGGUUACUGGUGCAAAUCAGUAAGAAAGUUCUUAUAUUUAUGCUCCAAAUAAUUCUGAAGUCCUCUUACUAGCUGUGAAAGCUAGUACUAUUAAGAAAGAAAAACAAAAUUCCCAAAAGAUAGCUUUCACUUUUUUUUUUCCUUAAAGACUUCCGAAUUCUCUUCUCCAAAUUCUUAAUCUUCUUCAAAAUAAUAUGCUUUGGUUCAAUAGUUAUCCACAUUCUGACAAUCUAAUUUAGUUUUAGUCAGAAUUAUACUCAUCUUUUGGGUAGUCAUAGAUAUUAAGAAAGCAAGAGUUUCUUAUGUCCAGUUAUGGAAUAUUUCCUAAAGCAAGGCUGCAAGUGAAGUUGUACUCAAGUGAAUGUUCAGGAGACACAAUUCAGUGGAAGAAAUUAAGUCUUUAAAAAAGACCUAGGAAUAGGAGAACCAUGGAAAUUGAGGAGGUAGGCCUACAAGUAGAUAUUGGGAACAAAAUUAGAGAGGCAACCAGAAAAAGUUAUUUUAGGCUCACCAGAGUUGUUCUUAUUGCACAGUAACACACCAAUAUACCAAAACAGCAGGUAUUGCAGUAGAGAAAAAGUUUGAUAAUUGAAUGGCAGAAAAAUAAGGAAGGUUGAGGAAACCUCAAAUCCACCUCCCUGCUGAGUCUAAGUUUAGGAUUUUUAAGAGAAAGGCAGGUAAGGUGCUGAAGGUCUGGAGCUGCUGAUUUGUUGGGGUAUAGGGAAUGAAAUGAAACAUACAGAGAUGAAAACUGGAAGGUUUUUUUGUUUUUUGUUUUUUUUUUUUCUGAGUCAGUUCCUUGGAGGGGAUCUUCAGACUGACUGGUGUCAGCAGACCCAUGGGAUUCCAAGAUCUGAAAAACUUUUUAGAUAGAAACUUGAUGUUUCUUAAUGUUACAUAUGUUAUCUUAUAGAAAUAACUAAGGGAAGUUAGUGCCUUGUGACCACAUCUAUGUGACUUUUAGGCGGUAAGAAACUAUAAGGAAAGGAGCUAACAGUCAUGCUGUAAGUAGCUACAAGGAAUUGGCUUAAAGGGAAACCAUCAUUCUCAGUAAACUAUCGCAAGAACAAAAAACCAAACACCACAUAUUCUCUCACUCAUAGGUGGGAAUUGAACAAUGAGAUCACAUGGACACAGGAAGGGGAAUAUCACACUCUGGGGACUGUUGUGGGGUGGGGGGAGGGGGGAGGGAUAGCAUUGGGAGAUAUACCUAAUGCUAGAUGACGAGUUAGUGGGUGCAGCGCACCAGCAUGGCACAUGUAUACACAUGUAACUAACCUGCACAAUGUGCACAUGUACCCUAAAACUUAAAGUAUAAUAAUAAUAAAAAAAAGGGCAAGCUGGUUAGUACUUAGCUGUGUUUUUAUUCAAAGUCUACAUUUUAUGUAGUGGUUAAUGUUUGCUGUUCAUUAGGAUGGUUUCACAGUUACCAUACAAAUGUAGAAGCAACAGGUCCAAAAAGUAGGGCAUGAUUUUCUCCAUGUAAUCCAGGGAGAAACCAAGCCAUGACCAUUGUUGGUUGGGAGACUGAAGGUGAUUGAAGGUUCACCAUCAUCCUCACCAACUUUCGGGCCAUAAUUCAGCCAUCCCUUUGGUGGAGCCUGAAAAAAGUCUGGGCAGAAUGUAGGACUUCUUUAUUUUGUUUAAAGGGGUAACACAGAGUGCCCUUAUGAAGGAGUUGGAGAUCCUGCAAGGAAGAGAAGGAGUGAAGGAGAGAUCAAGAGAGAGAAACAAUGAGGAACACUUCAUUUGACCCAACAUCCUUUAGGAGCAUAAAUGUUGACACUAAGUUAUCCCUUUUGUGCUAAAAUGGACAGUAUUGGCAAAAUGAUACCACAACUUCUUAUUCUCUGGCUCUAUAUUGCUUUGGAAACACUUAAACAUCAAACGGAGUUAAAUACAUAUUUGAAAUUUAGGUUAGGAAAUAUUGGUGAGGAGGCCUCAAAAAGGGGGAAACAUCUUUUGUCUGGGAGGAUAUUUUCCAUUUUGUGGAUUUCCCUGACCUUUUUCUACCACCCUGAGGGGUGGUGGGAAUUAUCAUUUUGCUACAUUUUAGAGGUCAUCCAGGAUUUUUGAAACUUUACAUUCUUUACGGUUAAGCAAGAUGUACAGCUCAGUCAAAGACACUAAAUUCUUCUUAGAAAAAUAGUGCUAAGGAGUAUAGCAGAUGAACUAUAAGUGUGUUGGGAGGGAGAAUAUCAUCUUAAAGUGAGAGUGAUGUUGUGGAGACAGUUGAAAUGUCAGUGCUAGAGUCUCUGUGGUGUGAAUGGGCAGGUUAGGUUGUUGCAUUAGAAAGUGACUGUUUCUGACAGAAAUUUGUAGCUUUGUGCAAACUCACCCACCAUCUACCUCAAUAAAAUAUAGAGAAAAGAAAAAUAGAGCAGUUUGAGUUCUAUGAGAUAUGCAGGCCCAGAGAGACAUAAGUAUGGUCCUUUAGUCUUGCUUCCCGUGUGCCACACUGACCCUCCACAACCAUAGCUGGGGGCAAUUGUGUAAAGUCAUUUUGUUCCCGACUAGCUGCCUUGCACAUUAUCUUCAUUUUCCUGGAAUUUGAUACAGAGAGCAAUUUAUAGCCAAUUGAUAGCUUAUGCUGUUUUAAUGUAAAUUCAUGGUAAAUAACUUAGGAACUGCCCCUUCUUUUUCUUCGAAAACCUACUUAUAACUGUUGCUAAUAAGAAUGUGUAUUGUUCAGGACAACUUGUCUCCAUACAGUUGGGUUGUAAGCCUCAUGCUUGGCCCAAAAAAACUCUCUACUUAUAUCAGUUUUUCCUACACUUCUUCCUUUUAGGUCAACAAUACCAAGAGGGGUUACUGUGCUGGGUAAUGUGUAAACUUGUGUCUUGUUUAGAAAGAUAAAUUUAAAGACUAUCACAUUGCUUUUUCAUAAAACAAGACAGCUCUACAAUUAAUUUAUUUUGACGCAAAUUGAUAGGGGGAGCCAAGUAAGCCCCAUAUGCUUAAUGGUCAGCUGAUGAAUAAUCAUCUCCUAGCAACAUAACUCAAUCUAAUGCUAAGGUACCCACAAGAUGGCAAGGCUGAUCAAAGUCGUCAUGGAGUCCUGCAACCAAAAGCCAUGGGAAUUUGGAAGCCCUCAAAUCCCAUUCCUAAUCUGAUGAGUCUAUGGACCAAUUUGUGGAGGACAGUAGAUUAAAUAGAUCUGAUUUUUGCCAUCAGUGUAAGGAGGAUAAAAGCUUGCAUACCAAUUGUAAACCCUUGCAAAAUCUUUCUCUGAUGUUGGAGAAAAUGGGCCAGUGAGAUCAUAGAUAUAGAAGUACAGUCAAUGUUCAGCUGUACCCUCCUCCCAAUCCCACUUCCUUCCUCAAUACAAUUCAAACAAAUAGACUCAGACUGUUUCAGGCUCCAGGACAGGAAGUGCAGUGUAAGCAAAAUUGCAAAAAUUGAGGGCACAGGGGUGGAGGUGGGGGGGUUGAGUAACAAGCUGUGCUAAAUAAUUAUGUGUAAAUAUAUUUUUUCAUUUUUAAAAAUUGAUUUCUUUUGCACAUUCCAUGACAAUAUCUGUCAUAUUUUUUAAAUAAAUGCAAAGAAGCAUACGUCCAA